CAGACACACAGACAUAGAGCAUUCUGAACCCCAAAACCACCUGCAAACGUCCCACGGUUUUCUGAGCAUGUGAAGCCCUCCUAGGGGAAGCAGUGAGCUCUGGUUGUGUGUGAGCACCUGCUGAGGGAGAUGCGUGUGGGCACCAGGGAGGCCUAGAGCUUCUGGGUGCUCAGGGUGGGAACCUGGGGCUAUACUGACCCGUCGUAUUACAGGUAAUGAAACUGAGGUCCAGCAGGGUCCAGGGACCUGGUCAAGGUCCUGGGUGGGGGCCAAGCGUGAGCUGAGACUUGGGGUCUCUUGAUCCCUCUGUGGAUGGGCGGGUUCCCGGAAUGCUGAGAAAGCCGCUGUGUUGGGGCUUGCCGGCCUCGCUGCGCGCCCCACCCUCCUCUGUCUUCGUGCCGCAGGUGUACAUCGGCGAGCUCCCUCAGGAUUUCCUCCGCAUCACGCCCACACAGCAGCAGCAGCAGAUUCAGCUGGACGCCCAGGCCGCGCAGCAGCUGCAGUACGGCGGGGCCUUGGGCACCGUGGGCCGCCUCAGCAUCACCGUGGUGCAGGCCAAGUUGGCAAAGAAUUACGGAAUGACCCGCAUGGACCCCUACUGCCGGAUCCGCCUGGGCUAUGCUGUGUACGAGACCCCGACAGCGCACAACGGAGCCAAGAACCCGCGCUGGAAUAAGGUCAUCCAGUGCACAGUGCCCCCGGGCGUGGACUCGUUCUACCUCGAGAUCUUUGAUGAGCGAGCCUUCUCCAUGGACGACCGCAUCGCCUGGACCCAUGUCACCAUCCCCGAGUCCCUCAAGCAGGGCUGUGUGGAGGAUGAGUGGUACAGCCUCAGCGGGCGGCAGGGUGACGACAAGGAGGGCAUGAUCAACCUGGUCCUGUCGUACACGCCGCUGCCAGCCGCCAUGAUGAUGCCGCCACAGCCCGUGGUCCUGAUGCCCACCGUGUACCAGCAGGGUGUCGGCUACGUCCCCAUCACAGGGAUGCCCACUGUCUGCAGCCCCGGCAUGGUGCCUGUGGCCAUGCCCCCGCCUGCCGUGCCCGUCCAGCCCCGCUGGAACGAGGAAGAUCUGAAAGCCAUCCAGGACAUGUUCCCCAACAUGGACAAGGAGGUGAUCCGCUCUGUGCUAGAGGCCCAGCGGGGGAGUAAGGAUGCAGCUAUCAACUCCCUGCUGCAGAUGGGCGAGGAGUCCUAGGGCUGCUGCCCCCAACAGCCCCCUGUGGCCCCCUGCCACCCUGCGGCCCCCUGCUCUGCACUUGCCAACCCAGAGCCCCCGGAGACUGUCCCACAAGAUCAGUGAUGAUCACCGUGUGUACCCUUCCCGGGGUCCUUCUGCCGCCAGCCCUGGCCUGCCGAAUGCAUGUGGGGUCUCGGCCCCUGGCGGCCAAGCCCUGCCAUCAGUCCAGGGAGGCAGGGGUGGGCAGGCUUUUUCUCCUCUUCCGUCGCCGGGCAAGUAGAUGUGUAAUAUGGCAUUGUGCUGCGCACGGACUCAUGUUUCUGCUCCCCUCCUGGCACCCUGUGGCGGCUCCUGUCCCUGAGGGUACUGGGACAUGUGCGCAUCCUUCUGACUUGGUGAAUGGCAUUUAAGUGUCUGACUUAGUGGGACAGACCUAUUAAUUUGAGACACACAGAAUCCUUAGCAGCUGGCUUGAGGUCACUUGUAGAACUUUCAAACUGGAACCCACGUCCUUCCCUCGUUUUCCGUGUUCAUGGGUCUGGACUCUACCCUGUGUCUUCUUGUCCUUGCUGAGCUGAGCAGUCGCAGGCUUUGUGGCGAAGCCGCCAUGUUUCCUCGGCAAUAUCAGGCCCGUGCCUGGCAUCCUCUCCCUGUCUGGCCGAGUCCCAGUGCAGACCUCAGCGAGCACAAGUGGUUGCGCGUCUGAGCGUGCAAGCAGUGGGUGGGCAGAGUGCUGACUCGGCCCCUGCGAGUCAGCAUGUGUCAGAGGCAGCCUCGUGCACGGUGAGCUGCUGUGUGCUGCGGCGCUGUGCUUCCUUGACCCCUGAGCCGUUACCCCGGGGGCCUCCCUGCUAUCGGUAUUACCGGAAGGUCGGGUAGGGAGUAGUCGAGUGUCUAGCAUUUGUCUGUUCAAGGGUUUAGGCUCUGGUGGCCCACUACUGAUGUUCCCUGCGUGACCACUGUGCACCGCGCUGUAAACGCCGUCCGGGUGGCCGGGGCGGAGAUGUGGUGAAUAGUAACCUAAACACCCUACCAGGAGGCCAGAGGUGGCACGACCUCUCACCGCCUGGGGACUGCGUGUAGCUUUCUGGCUACAGGCAGCUGGUUUAGGGCCAGGUUGGGUUCACCUGCUGUGAAGAUCAGAGAGUGAGCAGCUUCUUGGAGCGAGGCGCUGUAGACACGGGCACACUGGAGACCAGGGCGUCUUCGCUGGCCUUCGGUGUGUUUGUUCUGCAUUAAAUCGCCACUGUCAUUCUCUUCCGAGUGCUCACACCCAGCGUUUCCCCAUGGGAUCUUCCCGUGUAGACGUACAGGGAGACCCCAGCAGCUCGGGCUUCUGUGAGUGAUUUAGAACGAGGGAGCUAGUGCCUAAAUUUCCAUCUUUUUUCCCCUCUAAAAAUAUCGGGUAAGUUUUCAUGUCAGCCAGAAGAUGCUGCUCUCUGCCACGUUUUGGGUGUGUUUUUGGUCAGCUGUAUGUUCAUAUUGAUUUUUGUAAGCCUGAAGAAUUAUGUGGCGGCUGUAGGGUGGAACGGUGGCACCAUCUUAAUGUCGCACCGAGUGCUUUUCUGGAGCGGUGGCUUUUAGAGGUUUGCCGACACGGUGGCGAGGACGAUGGGUGAUGCCUGCUAAGCAGUCAGGCUGCUGACUCUGGACAGAGUGAAGUGCCUCUCAUCCCCUGCUGGCAUUCUCCAGGCUGUUGUCUGGUGGCGUGCCUGUAUAGCCCUGAAGGUGAGCCUGCUAACGUGGUAACAUGGGACUGUUUGCUUGGUGACGGCAAAGCGGGAGCUCGUGGCGCUGAGGCCCCGUGUGGUGGCAUUGGUUCCUAGAGUGUCCGGUGCAGCCUGGUUUCUGCCUCAGUGUUGGCGGGGGCCGGGUGGUCCCUCUGCUCCCGUGGUGUGAUCUGUGGGCUGGCGGCUCGGGAGGACGGCCUGUCCCGGGAGUAGCCACUGUGCAGGCCACAGCCUGGCAAGCCAUUGUGAGCAUCCGGGAGGAAUGUGUGCUGGUUGGCUGGGCUCUGUUUGGAUGACGAGGGCUUGGUGCCAGGACACCUCUGCACUUACUGUGAUCUCUUAUUUUUCUCCUUCACAAACCCUUUAUUUUUCUAAUAAAGCAAAGAACACGUUUUACGAGGCCCUUAGUUAGGCAAGCUGCUGCUUCCCUCCAUGUUAUGCCGUCUCUCCGUUUCACAGCUUGUCAGGUGAAGCCGCUCGUUCAUCACAUUGGAACGUUACAGCUCUUCUUCAGCACCUGCUCGCCGUCUUGAGAACAGUCCCCAUCCCGUCUGCACGGCCCUCCGUCCUGCCUGGGGCCCAGUUUGCUCUGUGUCAUUUCCACCUUAGAGGUUGUCACAUUCAGGACGCUUGCCUUGUCGCGCAGCUUCGAAAGUGGGGGCCGGUGCAGACUCGGGGCCCCAUUGGGUCAGACCCGCCACCCCACUCCUUGCCCUGUGCCCGUGUUUCCACAUCUAAGGAUGAAGAUCAGGUUGCUCACGAGGAUGGAGGGUCAGAUGGCAAGGCCUGGGCUGUGCUUCCUCCCCCAGCUCCGGGCUCGCCGGGGCCUGUGUGCACACCGAGAGGAGCGUGCACUGCGGCGGGGUCAGCUGGGCCUGUGUGCACACCGAGAGGAGCGUGCA